AUGGCGAUUCCGUUCAAGCGGCUUGGUUACUGCGUUACUGCCGCAGGUGACCUCACGGUUCGUGCAGUGCUUAACAAGGUUAUAGACAACGUCGACGAGAGCAAUGGAAAGCCGAUGAUUGCUUCAGGUCGGGGAGAUCCAUCCAGCUUUUCAUGUUUCCAGACAUCAGAGAUAGCUGAGCAUGCUCUUGUUUCGGCGGUUCAUUCAGCCAGGUACAAUGGUUAUGCUUUCAAUGCAGGCAUGCCCUCUACAAGAAGUGCGAUUGCCGAUCACCUCAACAAUGAUCUUCCGUACAAGCUAUCCCCUGCUGAUGUGUACGUUACUAGUGGUUCACUUGAGAUCCUUCUACCAGUUCUUGCCCUUCCUGGUGCAAAUAUCGUGUUGCCGAGGCCCGGCUUCUCAUUUUAUGAAGCAAGGCCCGCUUUAAGCAGACUAAUCGAUCAGGUCCGGCACUUCAACCUCGUUCCAGAGAGAGGCUGGCAGGUUGACCUAGAUAAUGUAGCGGCUCUUGCAGAUGAGAACACCGUCGCAAUGGUCAUGAUCAACCCUUGAAAUCCUUGUGGGAAUGUGUUAACUCAUCGACAUUUGCACAAGUUGUUUUGCAUUAUUGCCGAGGUUGCGAAGAAGCUUGGCAUAAUGGUAAUAGCAGAUGAAGUGUAUGAUCACUUAACAUUUGGUAGCAAUCCUUUUGUGCCAAUGGGAGUAUUUGGGGAGUUUGUCCCUGUCAUUACUCUGGGGUCAAUAUCAAAGAGAUGGGUCGUUCCUGGUCGGCGACUUGGUUGGAUGGUGAGGAGUGACCCCAACGGAAUUCUUAAAGAAGCUAAGCUGAUUAACGCUCUUCAUGUAUUAAAAUCCUUUAUCGGCAAGUUUGUUAUAGUUUACUUCGAUGAUAUCCUUAUUUAUAGUCAGACUGAGACCGUGCAUCUGGAUCACUUGAGAGAGGUAGUAACGGCUUUGCAAGCGAACAAGUUGUAUAUCAAUUUGAAUAAGUGCAACUUCAUGGCCAGUAGCCUAUUAUUUUGGGCUUUGUCGUCAGUGCAGAGGGCAUCCAUGUUGAUGAAGAGAAGGUUUUCAAAGAUGUCAUACUUUAUUCCAUGCAAAAAGACAGCAGAUACUAGCAACAUUGUUAAUCUUUUCUUUCGGAAGAUAGUUUGCCUUCAUGGAGUGCCAAAAUCCAUCACAUCUGAUCGUGAUUCCAGAUCCAUCCCCGGUGAUCGUCCGAAACAGUGGAAUCUUGCUCUGACACAUGCUAAAUUUAUUUAUAACUAUCAUAUGGCUGAUAAGAUACGUGCUAUCCAACAUGAAGUAAAGGAGAAGAUAGAGAAGUCUAAUGCUAAAUAUAAGGCCGAUGCUGAUCGACCCAGGAGGAAGAAGAGGUUUGAAGAGGGAGUCAUGGUGAUGGUGUUUCUGCGAAAAGAGCGUUUUCUAGUGGGCACCUAUAAUAAACUGAAGAGUAAAAAAUAUGGCCCUUUCAAAAUACUGAAGAAGAUUAGCGACAAUACUUAUGUCGUUGACCUUUCUAUAGAUUUGGUUAUUUCUCCUAGUUUUAAUGUUUUAGAUUUAUUUGAGUAUUACCCGCCAAAAAAACUAUUCAUGCAAGUGUAA